CGGUGCGUAAUUACGCACGGGGCCAGGAGUUGGCGUUCGGUUAUUCUGAACUGUGGAAAGACUUUGUCCCUGCUAGAGUGGGUAAAUCUCAUCUUCCCAAGUAGUAGAUACUGGAUUGGACCCUUUGCAGUGCAGAUGCGCGAAAAUUUAAGCUCUCAUAAAAGGGGAAAAAGGAAGUUUACUCUGCUUCACUGGUUGUUUAAAAGCUGUGAAGUUGUUGAUUUUUGGACUUUAUCCAAUCACACAUAUAAAGUCUGUCGUGUUUUUUUUCUUUCUGCCUGGGGAGCAGUUUUUUAGGGAGCGCGAGAAUUGUGGAAAUGUGACUUGUUAAAUAUUCCUGCCCUGAAAGCUGCGUUUUCCAGUGGCAUCGAAGCGACUAAUUGACAACAGAUUCGCGUGUGGCGGGUGAAGGAGCCUUGAGCUUCACGUCCAGGUUGCAUAAAGGCUUCUGCCGGGCCGAUGUUGAAGGUCUAACCGCCUCCCCUCGUUCCUCUCGCAGCUUCAUUCAUGUGCUGCUGAGCCAGAGGAGCUGAAGAUGAAGAGCAGGCUGUCUCUGGUGGCGGCGGCUGCCCUCCUGGCACUGCUGCUGUCCUCCUCUCAGGCCCAGAAACCAGUCGACCCUCCGUCAGAUUUGAGGUUUAAGAUUUUAAAUGAGAACACAGUGCAAAUGGUCUGGAGCCGACCACAGUCGAGGAUACAGGGCUACAGAAUACAAGUGACCUCAGACACAGAAGAACCAAUGAAAGAAUUUACUCUGCCUGCAUCUGCGACUAAGACCACAAUAUCAGACCUGAGUCCAAAUGUGGAUUAUGUCGUAACGAUAACUGCGCAUGCCGGGUCGGAGGAGAGUCUGCCCAUCUCCGGCCAGAUCACAGUUGAGUCAGGUGCCAGAGCACCACCCAGGAGGCCCGACCCUUCAGAUUCAGUCAAAUGCUCUGUGAGUGCCAUCAGCGACUUGGUGUUUUUGGUGGAUGGCUCCUGGAGCGUGGACAGGCCGAACUUCAAAUACAUCCGCAACUUUAUCUCAGUGGCGGCUGGAGCCUUUCAGAUCAGCGAGGACAAAACCCGCGUGGGGGUGGUGCAGUACAGCAACGAUGCCAGAACUGAGUUCAACCUAAAUGAACACCUGACGCGUCCGGUGCUGCUGCGGGCCAUCGGCUCACUGCCAUACAAGGGAGGAGACAGCAUGACAGGCAAUGCCCUCAACUACAUCCUGAAAAACACUUUCACGGAGGCGGCUGGCGCCAGGAAGGGUUUUCCCAAAGUGCUGGUGAUCAUCACAAAUGGCAAAUCUGAGGAUUCAGUGGAGAGUUACGCCAAGCAGCUCAGGAGAAGGGGGGUGGAGAUCUUUGUCCUCGGCAUCCAACAGGCCGACGAAGCUGAGAUGAAGCUAAUGGCCUCCACCCCUUACAGAAGUCACAUCUAUAAUGUCGCCAACUUCGACAUGAUCAGCAAUGUGCAGAGAGAGCUCAUUAUUCAGAUGUGCACUGGGGUCGACGAUCAACUCAAUUCACUCGUCAGCGGAGAAGAAGUCGUUGAGCCAGCUUCUAACCUCCAAAUCCUGGAGAUGGCCUCGAAGUCCAUGCGGGUGACCUGGGACUCCUCCAUUGGGGACGUUUCUGGAUACAAGGUGCAGAUGAACCCCAUGAUGACCGGCAGGAAACGGCAGGAGCUGUACGUGGGCCCGUCUCAGACCUCGGUGGUGGUCAGAGACCUCUCUCCAGACACAGAGUAUGAGAUCAGUCUCUUCGCUCUGAAGGGCCUGACGCCCAGUGAGCCCAUCAUGGCCAUGCAGAAGACGGAGCCAGUUAAAGUGUCAGUGGAAUGUUCUCUUGGUGUGGAUGUUCAAGCCGACGUCGUCCUCCUGGUUGAUGGCUCCUACAGUAUUGGUCUGGCCAACUUUGCUAAAGUAAGAGCUUUCCUGGAGGUGCUGGUGAACACCUUUGACAUUGGGCCAAAUAAGGUUCAGAUCAGCUUGGUCCAAUACAGCAGGGACCCCCACACCGAGUUCUACCUUAACACUCACCAUGACCUGAGUGCCGUGGUCAAGGCUGUGAGGACUUUCCCGUACAGAGGCGGCUCCACCAACACUGGCAAGGCCAUGAGCUACACGAGGGAGAAGAUCUUCCAGGUCACCAGAGGGGCACGUGUCAAUGUUCCCCGUGUUACCAUCCUCAUCACCGACGGGAAGUCGUCCGACGCCUUCCAGGAGCCAGCCAACAAGCUGAGGAAUGCUGAUGUGGAGAUCUUCGCAGUGGGUGUUAAGGAUGCUGUACGAUCUGAGCUGGAGGCCAUUGCCAACACACCUGCAGAGACCCAUGUGUACACUGUGGAGGACUUCGAUGCCUUCCAGAGAAUUUCCAAAGAACUUACGCAGUCCAUCUGCCUGAGAAUUGAGCAAGAACUUCGCAACAUCAUCCAGAGACAACUGGUCCAACCGAAGGACCUUACCUUCUCAGAAAUCGGCCCCAGGAGCCUCAGGGCCUCGUGGGAGAUCGACUCCGACAACGUCGAGUCCUAUUUGGUUAAGUUCAGGCCAGAAGAUGAUGCCGACGGGCAUUAUAUUUCCAUGGCUGUGCCCGGGGACACAACCACAACCCUCCUCCCCCACCUUACCCCGCUCACUCGCUACGAGGUCAAUAUUUACGCUGAGUACGACAAAGGGGAGAGCUUGCCUUUGAAAGGCUAUGAGAACACUUUAGAAGACCAAGGCCCGGUGCGCAACCUGAGAGUAUCUGAAGAGACAACAAACAGCUUCAGAGUAUCAUGGCAGCCAGCUCCAGGAGCUGUCACUCGCUACCGGUUGACCUAUGAACCCAUUGGGGACGAGAGCUCAAGGAUGGAGGUGACCACUGACGGCACAGAGACAACGACUGUGCUCGAGGAGCUUCAGCCCCAAACCACCUACCGCGUGAGCGUGACUCCUGAAUACCGGUCCGGACCCGGAGUGCCACGGCAGACUGAGGGCACCACCAAAGAAGAGGUGGGCCCUCCUAAAUACCUGGUCACAAGCGAUGUGACCGACACCAGCUUUGCGGCAUCAUGGACGGCAGCGCCUGGGAACGUGAAGAUGUACCGUGUUCAAUGGAAGUCGCUGUUUUCCGAGGAAGCAGGGGACAAAACUGUACCGGGAGAUGUUACCAGCACGGUGCUGGAAGGUCUGACUCCAGAGACACUCUACCAAGUUUCUGUGGUUGCCGCCUACAGUCACAAGGACAGCGACCCACUCAAUGGACAGGAAACCACUGAUGCCUCUGCUGCUGGUAAAACAUUAACUGUCUCGGACGAGACCGAGCGAACCAUGAAAGUCACAUGGACGCCGGCACCGGGCAAGGUGGUCAGCUACCGGCUGAAGUAUGUCCCAAGUAGAGGAGGCAAAGAAGUGGCCCUGAAAAUCCCUGGGACGGACAAUUUCACCAUCAUGAAGCGCCUGCGGCCCAUGACCACUUACAACAUCACUGUUCACCCGAUCUACAAGCGCGGGGAAGGAAAAGCAAGGCAAGGAGUAGGAACGACACUGUCACCCUUCAAGGGUCCCAGGAACCUCCAGACCUCAGAGCCCACAAAGACCAGUUUCAGAGUCUCCUGGGAUCCAGCACCCGGGGAUGUUAGGGGCUACAAAGUGACCUUUCAUCCCACUGGGAAUGAUAUUGACUUGGGGGAGAUGCUUGUCGGUCCCUAUGAUAACACAGUCGUUCUAGAGGAACUCAGGGCAGGAACAAAGUACUCAGUGGCUGUGUUUGGGAUGUUUGAUGGAGGGGAGAGUUUUCCUCUGGCAGGAGAGGAGAAGACGACCCUCUCUGACGCUCCUGACCCUCCUUCUUUUGGCCCCUCUGACACUCAGUGUAAGACCACAGCGCAGGCCGACUUAGUGCUGCUGGUUGAUGGCUCGUGGAGCAUCGGCCGCAUCAACUUCAAAACCAUCCGCAACUUCAUCUCUCGCAUGGUCAGCGUCUUCGACAUCAGCCCUGAAAGGGUCCAGAUUGGUCUGGCUCAGUACAGCGGAGACCCAAAGACGGAGUGGCAUCUGAACGCCCACAAGACCAGGGCGUCCCUGCUGGAGGCUGUGUCCAACCUGCCGUACAAGGGAGGAAACACCAUGACAGGAAUGGCUCUGAACUACAUCCUCCAGAACAACUUCAAACUCAACGUGGGGAUGCGAGCCGGUUCCCGCAGAAUCGGCGUCCUGAUCACUGACGGAAAGUCCCAGGACGAAGUUGUCUUGAACUCGCAGAACCUGAGAGACAGCGGCAUCGAGCUCUACGCUAUCGGUGUGAAGAAUGCCGAUGAGAACGAGCUGAGGUCCAUCGCCUCCGACCCCGACGACAUUCACAUGUACAACGUCAACGACUUCCAGUUCCUGCUGGACAUUGUUGACGACCUCACCAUCAACCUGUGUAACAGCGUCAAGGGUCCAGAGAUUAUAUUGGAGGCACCCACCGACCUGAUGACCUCAGAUGUGACCCACCACUCCUUCCGUGCCACCUGGACCAAACCCGCCGCCCCCGUGGACAAGUAUCGCGUCACUUACGUGCCUGAGGCCGGAGGACCCACCGAGGAGGUGGUGGUUGACGGGACGGUGACCACCGUAGUGCUGGACAGCCUGAACCCUCUGACCGAGUACGUCGUCAAUGUUUACUCCGUGGUCAGUGAGAAGAGCAGCGAGCCUCUGACGGGCACGGAGACCACCUUGCCGCUGUCCGCAGUGAAGAACAUGAUUGUUUAUGAUGAGACCAAGAGCACCAUGAAGGUGAGAUGGGACGAGGCGGACGGUGCCACGGGCUACCUGCUGCUGUACAAAUCCAUCAACGCCACUGAGCCCCAGCUGGAGAAAGAGGUACGAGUUGGAAGAGAUGAAACGAGCGUCCAGCUGGAGCAGCUGAUACCCAACACAGCGUACUUGAUAACACUUUACGCCCUGCACGGGGAGGCUGCCAGCGACCCUCUGGAGGGGAAAGGAGUCACCUUGCCCAUGCCUCCUGCCGGAGAUCUGAGAAUCACGGAUGUUACCCACAGCACCAUGAAGCUCAACUGGGACGCUUCUCCCGGAGCUGUCACCAAGUACCUGAUCACCUACAAAGCACAGGGAGGAGACAUCAAAGAGGUCGAAGUCAAAGGCGACGUCACCACCGUGGACCUGUACAGCCUCAUCUCCAGGACCGAGUACGACGUGGCCGUCACCCCGAUCUACAGAGAGGGACCUGGAAACCCAAUGAUCGGAAACGCUGUCACAGGUGUUGUUCCUGCUCCCAAGAACCUGGUUUUGUCUGACGCGACCCAGACCUCGUUCAAAGCCACCUGGGAGCACCCAGCCCCGGACGUGUCCCUCUACCGCAUCGGCUGGACCAAGAAGGGGGAGAACAAUUACGAGUUUGCCAUCCUGAAUAGCGAUGAGACCACCCAUGUGCUGGAGAACCUGGACCCUGACACCGACUACACCGUCACCGUCACAGCCAUCUACCCAGACGAGUCGGAGAGUGAAGACCUGAUUGGAAGUGAACGUACACUGUUAAAGGCUCCGGAGGUGCCUCCAGAGCCUCCUCGAAACUUGAGGGUUAUCAAUGCCACCACCACCACGCUGACAGCGAAGUGGGACCCCGCCCCUGGCCAAGUCCAGAACUACAAGAUCACCUACAAACCUUUAUCUGGAGGCGAGCCUCUCACAACGCAGGUUGGAGGGAAGAAGACCAGUGUCGUCCUGCCGAAGCUGCAGCCCGACACUCAGUACUCCGUCUCCGUGGUGGCCGUGCAUCCCAACGGCGUUAGCAAGGACAUCUCUCGAGACGGAAAAACCAAGCCUCUGGGUCCAGUGAGGAACCUGCAGGUGUUGAACCCGACCAUGACCACCCUGAACGUGCGCUGGGAGCCCGCAGAGGGCCGAGUGAAGGAGUACAAAGUCACUUACGUGCCUGCCGCCGGAGGAGCCGAGAGCAUGGAAACGGUGUCAGCGGGCACAACCAACACCAUCCUGCGAGGCCUGCAGCCCGACACCCUGUACACUGUAUCCCUGGUGCCGGUUUACGCUGAGGGAGAGGGAAAGACAAUGUCUGAAAACGGAAAGACAAGGCCACUGGGAGGAGUGAAGAACCUGAGGGUGACCAACCCCACCAUGACCUCUCUGACUGUGGACUGGGACCCGGCUGAUGGCGCCGUUCGCCUCUACAAGGUCUUCUAUGUGCCUGCCGCCGGUGGCCGAGAGGAGAUGGAGCAAGUUCCUGCAAGCACCACCUCCAUCGUCCUCAGGAACUUGACGCCCGAAACGUUGUACACAGUGUCGGUGUUACCAGUUUACCCGGCCCGGGAGGGAAAACGCCAGUCUGAGAACGGAAAGACGUUGCCUUUGGGCGGAGUGGGCAGCGUGAAGGUGAGCAAUCCGACCAUCACCACUCUGACAGUAACCUGGAAUCCCGCUGACGGAAAUGUUCAGGGCUACAAAGUGAUCUACGUUCCUAAAAACGGAGGACUGGAGAUUGUGGAGCAAGUGUCCGAGAGCACCACCACGACCGUCCUGGAGAAGCUUCUACCGGACACCCAGUACACCGUCACCGUGGUCCCCGUCUACGCGGAGGGAGAUGGACCCAGCCUGUCCGACAGCGGCAAGACGAAGCCGCUGGGUUUUGUGAGGAACCUGCAGGUCACCGAUCCCACCACCAGCACCCUGAACGUUCGCUGGGAGCCCGCCGUGGGAAACGUGCGUGAAUACAUCGUGAUCUCGGUGCCAGCCGCUGGAGGAGAGCAGAAUGUGGACCAGGUGUCUGGAACCACCACCUCCACCGUCCUGAAGAACUUGGACCCGGACACCGAGUACACCGUCACAGUGGUGCCCGUCUACCAUGAGAUGGAGGGCAGAUCUCAGUCCAAAAACGGGAAGACAAAUCCUAUGGGUGGAGUGAAGAACUUGCAGGUGAUCGACCCGACGUUCAACAGUCUGACAGCCCGCUGGGAUCCAGCGGUUGGCGACGUCCGGACGUACAAAGUCUUCUACACUGCUCAGCCAGGAGGAGAAGAGCGAAUGGAGGAGGUAUCAGGCGGCACCAACUCCAUCAUCCUGAGGAACCUGGACCCCAACACACUCUAUAAUGUGGCUGUUGUUCCCGUCUACCCAGACGUGGAGGGCAUACGGCAGGCGGAGGAUGGAAAGACAAAGCCUCUGGGCGGAGUGAAGAAUAUUAAGGUGACUGACCCCACCACCAACUCCCUGAGGGUCCGCUGGGAGCCAGCCGAAGGCGACGUCAGACAGUACCAAAUCAUCUACGUCCCCACCACCGGAGGACCCGAGAGCACGACUCAGGUAUCUGGGAUGUCGACAAACACGGUCCUGAGAGACCUGAAGCCAGACACCGAGUACAAAGUGACACUGGUGCCUAUUUACGCCGACGUGGAGGGGAAACGCAUGUCGGAGAAUGGAAAGACGAAGGCUCUGGGCGGAGUGAGGAAUCUGCAGGUCACCGAUCCCACCACCAGCUCCCUCAAGGUGCGCUGGGACCCGGCGGAGGGCAACGUCCGCCAGUACCGCAUCUUCUACGUCCCCGAGUCCGGCGGUGCUGAGGACAUGGAGCAGGUGUCAGGCGGCACCACCAACACCAUACUGAGGAACCUGCUCUCAGACACCCCCUACACUGUGACUGUGGUUCCAGUUUACCCAGAGGGAGAAGGUCUGCGCCAGUCGGACAAGGGAAAGACACUCCCACGCACGCCACCGAGGAACAUCCAGGUGUACAACCCCACCCCCAACAGCCUGAACGUGCGCUGGGAGCCCGCCUCAGGCCAGGUUCAGCAGUACAAGGUGACUUAUUCCCCCCUGACUGGAACCAGACCAGCAGAGUCGGUCAUGGUUCCGGGAAAUAUUAACAACGCCUUCCUGGACAACCUGAUCCCCGAUACUCCCUACACGAUCAGUGUCUCAGCUAUGUACGCCGACGGAGAGGGACCGCCGGUGAAGGGCAGCGACAGAACGCUGCCCCGUGCUGGUCCCAGGAACAUGCGUGUGUUUGACGCCACCACCAGCAGCCUCACCAUCGGCUGGGACCAUGCGGAGGGACCUGUGAGGCAGUACAGGAUCGGCUACGCUCCCAAGACCGGAGACCCCAUCACCGAGUUUACCGUGGUUCCCGGAAACAGAAACAACGCCAUUUUGCCGAAUCUGCUCCCAGACACCCCGUACAACAUCACUGUGGAGGCCAUCUAUACCGAGGGGCCUGGAGGGCUACUCAACGAUAACGGACGCACAGUUGGCCUGCUGAGUCCCAGAAACCUCCGCAUCUCAGAUGAGUGGUACACCCGGUUCAGAGUGGCCUGGGACCCGGUGACGGCUCCUGUCCAGGGUUACAGACUGAUCUACUCUCCUGAAGGCACAGACCAGCCCGUCGAUAUCUUCGUGGGCGACGUGAGUGCUUACACCCUGCACAACCUGCUGCCUGGAACCCCCUACGACGUGAAAGUGAUCGCUCAGUACACCAGCGGCAUGAGCGAACCGCUCGAGGGGCAGGGAACAACACUCUACCUGAACGUGAGCAACAUCGAGACGUACAACGUUGGUCACGACAAGUUCUGCAUCAAGUGGACUCCUCACAGGGCCGCAACGUCGUACCGCAUCAAACUCAACCCUGCGGACCCCUCCACUAAAGGACAACACGAGAUCACCAUCCCCGCCGGCAUGCCUCAGUACUGCUUUGAUGGACUCUCUCCAGAUGCUCUGUACACUGCCACCGUCUUCGUCCAAACCCCAAAUCUGGAGGGACCAGGCGUCAGCACCAAAGAGAGAACUUUGGUGAAGCCAACUCCGGUUCCAACACUCCCACCAACUCCAACACCUCCACCCACCAUCCCCCCCGCGUGGGCAGUUUGCAAAGGUGCCAGAGCAGAUGUGGUAUUCCUAAUCGAUGGCUCCUGGAGUAUCGGCGAGGACAGCUUCAUCAAAGUCGUGCACUUCGUCUCCAGCAUGAUCGGCGCUUUUGAUGUCAUCGGACCCUCGGGAAUGCAGGUGUCGUUCGUGCAGUACAGCGACGAGGCAAAGACAGAGUUCAAGCUCAACACCUACCAAGACAAAGGUGUCGCCAUGUCUGCACUUCACUACAUUCACUACAGAGGAGGAAACACCAAGACAGGAGUGGCACUGAAACACACCUACGACAGGGCCUUUGCGUCGGAAAACGGAAUGAGAAGAAACGUCCCCAAGGUCGUUGUAGCGAUCACAGACGGACGAUCUCAGGACGAGGUGAAGAAGAACGCCGCCAAGCUGCAGCAUGCAGGUUACAGCGUUUUUGCCAUCGGUGUGGCCGACGUGGAUUUUGUCGAGCUGCAGGGGAUCGGCAGCAAACCCACCGACAGGCACGUCUUCGUAGUAGAUGACUUUGAUGCUUUUGACACCAUCAAAGAGAACCUGAUUACCUUCAUCUGUGAAACUGCAACGUCAUCCUGUCCCUUGAUUUUCCUGAAUGGAUUUACUUCACCUGGCUUCAGGAUGCUCGAGGCGUUCAACCUGACAGAGAAGACCUACAGUCAGGUCAAAGGCGUGUCCAUGGAGCCAGGCUCCUUCAACAGCUACACAGCCUACAGACUCCACAAGAACGCCUUCCUGUCUCAGCCCACGACAGAGAUCCACCCUCAAGGUCUUCCCCACGCCUACACCAUCAUCCUCAUGUUCCGCCUCCUCCCCGACUCGCCCAACGAGGCCUUCGACAUCUGGCAGGUGUCAAGCCAGGACCACAAGCCAGAGACCGGCGUCACCAUUGACCCCUCCAGCCGCACCGUGUCGUUCUACAACAAAGACGAGCGCGGUGACAUCCAGAGGGUCACAUUCGACAACGAUCAAGUGAAGGGGAUCUUCCAUGGAAGCUUCCACAAGCUCCAUAUCCUGGUUUCGUCCGACAGCGUCAAACUCAACAUCGACUGCCAAGAAGUUGCUGAAAAGGAGAUCAAGCCUGCUGGAAACACGUCCAUCGAUGGCUACCAGGUUCUGGGCAAGAUGUCCAAGUCCAGCGGCUCCAAAGGAGAAUCGGCAACUUUCCAGCUCCAGAUGUUCGAUAUUGUCUGCAGCUUGGCCUGGACCAGCAGAGACAGAUGCUGUGACCUCCCGUCUAAGAGAGAUGAGUCGAAGUGUCCAGCUCUCCCCAACUCCUGUACCUGCACCUCAGAGGCAACCGGGCUCCCAGGGCCUCAGGGUCCAGUGGGUUCCCCUGGCAUCAAAGGUCCCCGGGGUGAGAGAGGAGAAGCUGGUUCUACUGGACCGAUUGGCCCACGGGGAGAUGCUGGACCACCUGGGCCCAUGGGUCUGCCCGGCCCUCAAGGACCCAGCGGGCUGUCGAUUCCAGGAGAGGCUGGCCGCCCUGGACCAAAGGGAGACGCCGGUGACUCGGGCUUACCUGGACAGAAAGGUUCACCUGGUCCAGCCGGUUCUGGCGGCCCGAUCGGACCAGCUGGAGUGAGGGGCCCUCAAGGAAAGGAAGGACCGGCGGGACCCAGAGGCCCCGCAGGGCCCAUGGGACCUCCGGGAUCUCCUGGAAUACCAGGUGGUUCAGGAAAACCAGGAAAGGCCGGAGACCGGGGUUCUCCUGGUGCUCUCGGCCCCAAGGGAGACAAGGGAGAGAGAGGUGACUUUGCUCCUCAGAACAUGAUGCGAUCCAUUGCCAGACAAGUUUGCGAGCAGCUAGUAAACGCACAAAUGACUCGAGUCAACACGUUACUGAACCAGAUCCCCAACGGCAUGUACCGCAACAAUAACCCCGGUCCUCCAGGGCCUCCCGGAGCUACCGGCAGACAGGGACCUCGCGGAGAGCCGGGCCCCACAGGAAGGAACGGUUUCCCUGGAAGUCCAGGUUUACCUGGCCAGCAGGGAGAGAGAGGUCCUGCAGGAGAGAAAGGCGAGCGAGGAGUGUCAGGAGUUGGACAGAAAGGACCGAGAGGGCCUGCAGGCCCACAAGGAGAUAGCAGGACAGGACCUCCAGGCCCUUCGGGCUCUGCUGGACCUCGCGGUCCCCCUGGACGUGCAGGACAUCCCGGAGUCCGUGGGCCUCCUGGACCUCCCGGAUACUGCGACUCUUCUCAGUGUGUCGGUAUUCCUUACAACGGGCAAGGAUACAUAGGCCAAUACCCUGAACCAGACACCCGAGUAGUCCCAGUCCCCGAGGAGGAUGAGGUGUCGCAAAACCAGCGUCGAAAGAGAUCGCUAUCAAGAAAGGCGUCCAACUGGCAAACAUCAUAAGACAACCCAUGUUCUCUCUCUUCAUUUUUUUUCCUGUUCAACCUGCGUUUGUUGUUGGAAUAAUGCACAUUAUACACACACACACACACACAAAAAAAAGAAAAACGGGGUUUGACACCUUGACUUUAUUGGAAAAUACCUUUUUAAAUGCCUUAAAUCGUAUGUGAAUAUUCAUUUUUGUGGCAGUUGAAGGGUUUGGAUGGAGCGAGGGAGGGAGUUUGGCGACCGAUGGGCAAAAUUUUAAAAACAUGGAGGGAAAAAAAAAACGUGUUAAGGAUCCAUGAAAAAAAAAAAAAACAACCUGUGAGCUUUCUUUUUCCACUUGUGUCUUUUGCUUGUAACAUAUUUGCAUCGAGUUUGUAUGAACUAGCAGUGUUGAACAGUGCACUCAUUGUAACAAAGCUAGCGAUGGUAGCGGAGGAAUGAAAAUGUUUGUUCACAGUGUCGGGACAUCACAUACGAAAUGAUUUUGGUUUUUUUCUGUCACAGUUCAUCCAGUAUGUUAAAUAUAAUCCUUCUCAUUCAGUGUCGUCUUCUAAGGAGGUUCAGUUUCAUUAUGGCAGUUAAACACAGCUUUCAUUUUGUAUCUUUAGACUUAAUAUUUAUCAGUUUUCCUUUAUUCCGUCACAGCUAAUUUUACCAAAGGUGGAAUUGCAUGUCUGUGGUGUAUAUUUAGUAUUUUUUUUUUUGUUACAUUUCAUUUUGUUUUAACCAGAAUAUAGUUGUUGUCAUUCUUGUCAUUUUCUCAGUAUCGAAUGCAGUCAAAACCUGCGAGCAAGACUAUGGAAGUGGUGUUGCUGCUUCAUGUUUUCACUGCAGAUUGUGAAUUCCACAGCCUUAUUUUCUUAUUUAUUUCUGAAAACAGAAGAGGCAUUUUUCAAUAAAACUACUGAAAAUUUA